GCCAGGCCAGCUCUGCUCAGGGAUUAGGACAAGCUCCUUGGAGCAUUUACAUGUGAAUAGAUCCUGGGGCUGCCCCCCCCCCUCUCCCUCUCUGUCUCUCCUCACUCGGCUCCUGACAGAAGGGAGAACCAAAGGCAGGCAGCAGGGAGGGAAACGAGUUCCUCACGGUUACCAAAAACAAACUUUGCAGGAAGAAGUUGGAGGUUCUGUUUAGAGAGCUUCUGCUGCCAACGGCUGAGGAUCAGAAGAAACUGCCGAACAGUUGCUGUUUGAGCCGUCAGCCCUGAUGGAGGAGAGAGGGGAGAAGCAGAAUGUCAUCACAGGAGACGGAGAGCAGAACAUCCAGAGCUCGAGGUCGGAGAAGGAGAGCUGCAUGGAGGAGCAUGAGGAGCCUGUGAAGGAGAAGGGGAUGGAGACAGAGGAGAGCAGGAGAGAGUCGGAGCUGGAGGCCAAGGUGAAGCUGCAGCUCUGCCCGUCGGCUCCAGGAUUAAUCCGAGGAACCGACCUGUUCGGCUACGUGGGCAUCGAGGCGGUCCUGGACCAGAUGAGGCGCAAGACCAUGAAGGCUGGCUUCGAGUUCAACAUUAUGGUGGUCGGUCAGAGCGGGUUGGGGAAGUCCACGCUCGUCAACACGCUGUUCAAGUCCAAGGUCAGCAGGAAGUCCUGCUCACUGAACUACGAGGACAAGAUCUCCAAGACCGUCAAGCUGCAUGCAGUCAGCCACGUGAUUGAAGAAAAAGGAGUAAAGAUGAAGCUGACAGUGAUUGAUACUCCUGGAUUUGGGGACCAGAUUAACAAUGAGAACUGCUGGGAGCCCAUAGUGAAGUAUGUCAACCAGCAAUAUGAGAAAUACCUGCGAGAGGAGCUGAACAUCAACCGCAAGAGAAGAAUCCCUGACAGCAGAGUUCACUGCUGCAUCUACUUCCUGCCUGCGACCGGGCACAGGCUCCGUCCCAUUGAUGUAGAGUUCAUGAAGAGGCUGGGGAAGAUAGUCAGCAUCGUUCCCGUCAUCGCCAAAGCCGACACGCUCACCGUGGAGGAGCGGCAGGAGUUUAAAGAGCGGAUAAGGCAAGACUUGGCGUCCAAUGGAAUCCGCGUUUACCCCCAGAGAGAGUAUGAUGAAGAUCCAGAGGAGCGGCUCCUCAACGACAGAAUCAGGGAAAACAUUCCCUUUGCCGUGGUGGGAACCGACAAGGAGCACCAGGUGAACGGGAACAAGGUGCUGGGCAGGAAGACCAAGUGGGGAAUCAUUGAAGUUGAAAAUGUGGCACACUGUGAGUUCGCCAACCUGAGGGAUCUUCUGAUCAGGUGAGUCUGACUGAAGCACCCAUCUUCAUUUAGGAGGUCGACUCGCCUGAUGUUCUCACCUCCAGAU